AUGCUUGAUAUAAUCUACGAUCCAGCGUGGACUUCACAGUUCUACUGGCUACUUAUCGUAGCCUUUGUGUUUGCCUUUUCCGUUUCAUUCGGAAUGGGAGCAAAUGAUUCUUGUAACGAUUGGGGACCGGCGGUUGGUGCUGGUACGGUAAAAAUCUGGCAAGCUUACAUUCUUUGCGGUAUCUUCAACACAAUUGGUGCUGUUUUGCUAGGCUACAAAGUUACCGAGACUAUACGAUCGGGUAUUGUCGAAGUGGAAGUGUUUGAUGUAUACUCACAAUAUAAUCACACCACAGGCAAAUACGAUGUGGUUCCGCAUUGCGAUGAUGCUCUAGCUACAGUUUUUGCACCUCCGGCAUUGACCAAUGAUACCACCGAGGUUGAAUGCGCCAAGUACACUGCAGCAGAGUUUAUGAUUGGACAGACAGGAGCAAUGGCUGGCGUCGCUGCGUUUAUGAUCGUAUCAUCAGUCUACAAAAUCCCCGUAUCAGCGACCCAUGCUAUGGUCGGUGCUUCCCUGGCUUCGUCUCUCUACCUGCGAGGAAAUGUAGGGAUCAGAUGGUCCCAAAUUGGAGGAAUCGUGCUUUCCUGGUUCAUUUCCCCAUUGAUCGCUGGCUUUUUCGCCUCUUCCUUCUACCUGAUUAUCAAGUACUCUGUUCUCUUGCGAAAGGAUCCUUUCAAAUGGGCUUUACGCAUGUGCCCAGUGUUCAUGUGCUUUACAAUCACUGUCAACUUCUUCGCUUGUAUUUUUGAUGGUUCCAAAUAUAUUGGAUUUGAUAAAUUAAGUUGGUGGCAAGCACUGCUAAUCUCUUUGGGAGCCGGUCUCUUCUCUCUAUUCCUUCUUUCAUGUCCUUUAAGAAAUUGGCUUCGAAAUCGAGCAUAUCGUCUAUUCGAAAAGGAAAAGGCAAAAGAACAAAAAAGACUAGAACAAGGCAAAAUUAAGAAAAAUAAAAUAACAGACAUGCACAGCCCUGAAGUUGACAUGGAUCACAUCAAAGAUCUUGCCUGGUACAAAUAUCUGUACACUGCCGUUCCUGAGGACAGGCUCACCACUAAGGUUUUCAAUGCUCUUCAACUCGUCUCAUCGUCAUUGCUCUCAUUUUCUCACGGAGCCAACGAUACGGCAAAUACAGUCGGUCCUCUGCUUGCCGUCUGGAUGACCUACCAGACUGGUAAUGCGUUCGGAGCUUUCGAAAAAAGGGAUGAUUCUCAGGCUCUCUUAGCUUUCGGAGCUGUGGCUAUGAUCUUCGGUUUCUUGGCACUGGGCCAUCGUACCAUCAAACUGAUUGCAAAAGAGAUAACCGUCGAUAUGAGCCCUGUCUCUGGAUUCGCCAUCGAGCUUGGCACAGCUUUCACUGUCCUCGUUUGUGUGAAAGUCGGCGUUCCUAUCUCUUCCACUCAUUGCGCAGUCGGUGCAGUUCUCUUCGUAGGCAUGACGAAAUCUACUACAGAAGGAGUAUCCUUCAGGACUUUCAGGAAAAUUGUAAUUGUUUGGCUGUUGUGCUUCCCUGUUUCAGCUGCAAUAUCUCUUUUGGUCACAUGGUUGUUACUUCAGUUUGUCUGAAACUUCCUCAACCUUGUCAAAUUCAAUCCCACGUCUCUUUACUAAGUUUCGA